CAGUAGUGAGUUUUGAAAACUCCUUCCAGUCUUCCAGCAGAGGAAGAGAUGCAAAGCACGUGAUGACUUUGGUAUGAUAUUGAUGGAAGGAAGCUGUAGCCGAAAUGAACACGUUACGAACAGCAUUUUUGCGCUUUUCGGGGGCACAGAGUUUGCGUUGGAGUAAUGGCAGUCACCCUACCAUAUUCAGCUGCACUCAACUACGCUCUAUCGGUUCCUUGGUUCUGUCCAGGGCAGGGGGCGAGCAGAAAACUUUCCUGCAAGGAAACCUGGACAUCAAAGCAGAUGGAGCCAGUGUUUUCCAGCAACCACUCUGGCACCAUCAACAAGUCCGCACAGUCAAGCGUGGGACAGAAUAUCAACCAAAGAACAUCAAACGAAAGAGGACCCAUGGCUGGAUCAAAAGAAUUAGCGCUCCAGGUGGAAUCGAAGUAAUCCUGCGCCGAAUGCUCAAAGGACGAAAAUCCCUGACACAUUGAGACUCUGACCGGACAGUUGCUUUGAUACACCUUUGAAGUGAAUCUCAGUUGAAUGUCGGCUGUGCAGUAGAGCAUUUGGGGUUCUAUAAAAUAGUUGUCAAUUUAAAGAAAUU